AAACAAAAAAAAAUAAAAGGGAACGUCAAAACCUAGCCAAAGAACACUUUACUAUGGUACUAUGGAAUAGUAAUGUAUGAACGCCGUAACCCGUAGCAACGGGAGUUUAUUUUCGGUGCAUAACAAACUGCUGGGCCGCUUGUAGUAGGCAAUGGCGCAAGUGCGUGGAAGAAAAUACAAAAGAAUUGUUUGCUUACACCGUUUGUCGUGAGUCGGUGGUUGAGGUUGUUGGUGAUUCAGUGCUGUUUGCUAUCGUACAUCCAAAAUGGUGCUUCUUCAAGAAAUCUACUGCCCGGAACAGAUUGUAAUACCAGAAAAUUUCCAUAUUACUCUCAAGCAAUAUGCCAAAGCGGUCAUUCGAACGCAGCCAUUUGAUUUAUUACGAUGGUCCGCCGCAUAUUUCCGAUGUUUGGCACUCAGUGUACAGCCUCCGGUAAAAUCGCGUUACGAACCACCCGAACGCCGGGGUAUGCUUAGCAGCGAAAUUGUUCGAGUACUAAUUGAUCAGCUUGGUAAAGGUUAUUACGUGCACAAGAGGAUCCUUUUGGAGAAGUGGGAAGGUUUAUGUCUUCCGGAAGAAGACUUAUUGAAUGUUUUGUCACUGCUUCGGAUGUUGAACUGGUCCCAGUUACACUGGCUGAAGACUGUCGCCGUUUUCAUUGGUCAACUGUGUAAAGACUUUGCGAGAACCGCAGAAAUGAUCUGUGAAAUGUUAACCGAGGACCCGGAGGGAGGCGCUGCGUCGAUACCAUACUGGAUGUUCCGAGAGUGUUUUCUUGCUGUGGCCGAUUUGGAUUGCGGCUCCGCUCAAAAGUUUGUGAACGGCAGGAAAGUUCUCGAUGAGGAUACCGGUGCUUUGGAGGAGGAACAGAUGCCGCCCACCCUACCGAAAGUUUUGUCAACAAUUUCAUUUAAAAAUGCCAUUAUUGACAAGUACCGUUCCACGCUAGAGCAUGAACCCGAGCAGCAGUAUUCUGCGCUUUCGCACAACAUCAACAUUGGCGACAACGAUCAACUUUCGGAACCGUCGGCCAUACCCUCGAGGCUUGAAUCUGAUUUUAAGUUUUUCGGCGACGACACCGAUGCACGUGCGGUUCUCCGUCGGGCACCGGACUUUGACAGUGUGAUAGUCUUGCUGAGACGGCUUCGUGGAGAUGGGGUCACAUCGAUGGUCAGCGAGAGCAAUCUGUCGAAGGCAGCUUUGGAACGAACGCAAGAACGUUCCAAACAAAUCGAGGAACUGAAAGUUACCAUCAGCGAAGAGGAGUACGCCAAGCUAAAGGAACAGGAACGCCAGGAGCUGCUAAAGGAAAUGGGACCACCGUGGUUAUUGUUGUACCUGUUUUCACAAGACUGCUCCCGCACGAAAUCGUUCAAUUACGUCGAACAAAGCUCAACCUCUAUCUCUGACGAUUCCGUAUCGGCAUACUCAAUGGAGAACAUUUACGAGGACACACUGGAAUUAGAUCCUAGUGCCACUUUCAUGCAGCGUCGUAAAUCUAGCUUCUCACUGCCGGUAACACUUCGGGCAAGGAUGAGCGUUAGUUCUCAUUCGGCUGCCUUCAUUACGAAUGAAAUCCUCUCGAAGGUUGUCUGCACCAUCGACCAGGCCAUCCUUGAUGGCGAGUGUGAGCUUUCGGUUGGCUCGAUAGCAAAUUUUCUUGAACAAAAAUCUAAUUCCAGCGAAGAAUUUCUUUCGCCCACCGAUCACGAGAAACUUCAAUCGUUCCUAAAGGAAGCGGAAAGCCGUGAACUGGAGGUGAAAGAUAUUAAUGAGCUGUACAACUUUUUCGUAAGCGAAAGCUUCAAGCACGCCUUGCAGAGCAAUGAGAAUGAACCGCACCAGAAAGAGAUAUUCAGCAUCUUCGGAGAAAGUGGUAUCGAAGUAGAUGCGAAUCUGUUAGAGGCUAAAAUUUCGGACAACAUGAUACUGGGCUUGGUAGCACCACCACCAGUCCAAGAGCCUUCAGAAGAUGCAAACGAUCAACCUGAGACUGCGGAGCCUAGCGCAAUAUUACUGACGCCCUCAAUGGAUACUCUCGGUCCUACUGCCUGCGAAGGCACUACGCAAACUGAUCCGAUCGAAAUAGCAUGUGUGCAGCGUAAAAUACCGCUUGUCCCAACUGAAGAUCAACGCAUUUCGUACAAAUGCAAAAUAUCUGCCAUACCAGGCAUCGGCAGCCCGUUGGGUGAGAGUGUACGUGAUGCAUUUCUUGCAUAUCUUGCACAACGAUCCGUAGAACAACAAGGAUUAAUCUAUCCACGCAAUUUCCGUGAGGCUCGUUGUCCGCGAAUUGAUUAAUUUUUACCGAUCAGAUCAAGCGACAAAUUGAAAUGAAUGGAAAUGAUAAUGUUUUUUACUCCACAUUGCUACCGCGAGGAAUAUUCAUCAUGGCACCACAACCAUUAAUCGACGACCGUAUAUCAUAAGAUGCCGUUGUUCCAGCAGCGAUUGAUGUGAUUUUGUUCUGCAUUAAAACGUUCACAGCCCUCCAUGCCACAUGCUCCAAAUCUCAUAUACGAAAUCAUCACAGAAUCCACUGAAAAUGUCUUUUGCCUUUAUCAACAAAUCAUUUACGCAGCACAAUACAUAACUCAUUUAUCACAUCAUUUUUCACGUGUAGAUGACAUUUACCAUUUCACAUCCUACUCGCCGUUCCGUGAUGGUCCACUCACUUAUCAAUUUGGAAUGAGAAUUACUUUACGCAUACGUUUCCUCUCAUAGUCAAAAUCAUCAACCACGCCAUUUCAUUUGCUACCAAAUUUUGAGCGGCUUCAGUCGUAAUGCUCUAUCAAGGAACACAUUUCGCCAGCGGGUUCGGUAGAAUUGAGUUUCUGUUUGUUUGCCAGCUUACCAAAUUGUUUGUCAGUUUGUUUGCAUUGCUAUAGCUGCAACCAGUUGUUCCUCGAAACAACAUUUGCGUUCAUUUCACCCCGCCGAUCGUACCAGCUUUCACAAUUUUGCGAAUGAACAAGCAAACGAAACCGAAGACGACAAAUAACACACGCAUGUUGAUGUGUGUCCCAUCGAAUUUUGCGCCAACCAAAAAAACAAAACACAAGACUGAUGCGGGUCACUCGGGAAGGACGAAAAUACAAUGCAGGUUGUGCAGCGAUGGUUUAAAACAAAAAUCCCACAGUUAAAAACGGAUAGCAGCUACCGAGCAAUUGCAUUGUAUGAACUCUAGGGAAACAUAGAGAAAAAAGUUUAAUGAUGUUGUCGGGAAAUGCAUAGCAUGAUUUAAAAUUCUCUACCACCGGACGGAAGUCAGCUGCUGUAAUGCUGUCAUUUCCGUAACCACCAGUGGGGCAGCCAUGUACUAUAGUUUUGGACUGGCUUGGGUCAAUUGUUUGUGUUUUCCUGUACCACAUUUCCAGUGCAAAAUGCAACGUAAUUGAAUGAAAGUUUUUGUGAGCAUUCAACAUAAUACGCUAGCACCAACCAACGAAACGCACAAAAGCACAUUUGAGAUAUGAUAGCUUCGAGACACAAUGAAAAACAAAUUAUUAUCACGGUCUUGCCGUAUGAGCAAAAAGCAGAUAAAGGAGAUGAACUUAUGAAAAAAACGUAAUAAGUGCAAAUGAAAUACCACUGACUGAAACGUUUGGAGUUUGCAGGAAAUAGGAAAUCGAAAAAUGUUCCAAUGUGAAUGCACCAAACCAUAUUGUCUAUGUGACCACUAAUACAGGGAUAUUCAAACAGGGAAAAAUGAAUUGAUAGGUACAAAACUUACAUGUAUGUUCUCACUGUUAGGUUUUAUUUGCACUAUACUUUCUGUAAAGCACAUCAAACUGAUGGUUCAAAACAAAGAAAUAUAGUUCUCGAUCCGGCUGCGCUGGUUUUGUGCAAUACAUUCAGCAAUCCAAACAAUA